AGAGGCCUGUUCGAUAUUCCAUCAUUGGUCUUAAGAUUUUUCCGACGCCCACACUCUCCAAUUCUACCCUUGACACAUACCAACGUCUCUGCUCAAGAAUCUACGUUUGCAUAUCUGUCAUCAAGGCUGAACGCUAUCAGAACUUCAAGAGGCUGGACAACAUUGCCCCUGAACAACUCUACCCAGAGGCAUCCCACUAUCUAGCAACCUUGUCCACCACAGCUUAUCCAAACCUAUCCGCAGCAUUUUGUACACCUAUCCAAGCUUUCAUAAACAUCCCUCAUGCCUACACAGAAAACAUACACCGCGAGACUGCCGUUCACUCCCGCAAAACUGUCGCCGCUCUCGGCGCCACAGCUACUAAAGAGCAAGCGGGACUCUAUCCUCGCAGUUUCCUCCGACGAGCCUAGACGAAGUUCUAGAAGCAAACGCACAUCCGUGGGUGAGCUCGAGACGCCCAGCGAAGAACCCGAAGAUAUUCCACCGCCCAACCCGCUAAACCGCAGAAGCAUCGACAGCAUCAUCACCGACGAGGAGGCGCUCAUCCAUCAAGAGGUGCGCGACCACGUGCGGCGGCGCAGGACACUUGCGGCGCAAGACGCCAGUGACGCCGUGAGCGAGCGUAUCUCAGACGAUGCACAUUCCACUGAUGCGCAUGAAGACGACUUCAGCGACGACGAUGUGCGCGACGAGUCGGUGCCCGACAUGUUGCUCAACAAGUUGCGCACGCUUCCGCUCUUCAUGGCGGCGCCUAACUCGUUUCUCGUUGCGGUGGCAAGUCGCUUGAAGCUUAUCCAGCUCAACGCCCAGGAGUACGUUGUCAAGGCGGGCGAGCCGUCCAAGUCCAUGUACUGGAUUCUCAAGGGGACUGUUGGGGUGACUUCCCCCGACGGUGAAGCGGUUCACGCCGAGCUAGCUGCUGGCAGCUUUUUCGGCGAGAUUGGCAUUUUGUUCAAUCGCCCGCGCACUGCCACCGUCGUGUCGCGCACGCGCGUUUUGCUCGGCGUGUUAACGGCCGAUGCCUUGAACCUGGUGCUCCCAUCGUAUCCCGUGGUUGAACGACGCAUUCGUGACGAGGCACAGGAACGGCUUGCGAUGCAGGAAAAGAAAAAAAAUCGUGAUUUGCCGAUGAUUCUGCCGUUUUAUGCAAAGCGCAAUAGCGUCAUCUGGGACACCCCACACUUUGCGUCGCCCAAGCUCGACCCAAACGCUGUGUACGCGUCGAACGUCGCUACCGCGGCUGCGCAGCUUCCAGGACCCAGCCUCCCACCAAUCUCGCACUUUGUGGGACCACCCGUUCCAUCCCCUACCCUUCGUCUCACCCAGUCUGAACUGCCGGAGUAUCCCCCUGCCGGAUCAGAUACUUCUCAGCCAGACAGAACAUCGCACUCGUACCUUUACCCCUCGGUGGAUAGCUCUAUCUCAACGCGUGGGUUCUUGCAAAAGUUGGCUAUUUUUCAGACGCUUCCGCCGUCGAUUAUUCACAGGCUCGCGUUGGACGCAGAGCCGUUGUGUUUUGACGCGUUUGAGUAUGUGUUUUGCAAGGGCGACCACGGCAGUGAUAUUUAUUUUGUGGUGUCGGGGGAUGUGGAGGUGAUCGAUCGUGAGGGUGUGCGUGAAAGCGACUCGAAAGACGCGUACGAUACGACUGGGCAUUCUGAUAGGCACGAUAGUGCGAAUGAUACCGAUGGACGCGACAACUACCGCGCCAAGAACAUUGUCGACAAAGUGCUUGCACGCAUGGGCCCCGGCAACUAUUUCGGUGAAAUGGCGUUCCUCAACUCCUUGGCCACUGGUAGCGAAGUUGACUCUGUGCGCACCGCGUACAUCCGGACCAUCACCACCGUCGACUUGAUCGUUGUGCGCAGUGCCAAGUUGAUCACUUUGUGCAAGCAGUAUCCGUUGAUAUUUGAGGAUAUGCGGUUGACCGCAUUAGAAAGGACGGAGAAAAACGGCUCAACGGGUAGUCACCAGGCUUCCAUCAGCCUGGCAACCUUAAAUUUACCGCCUUCCCCGGCGAGCGAAAUCCCCGAGACAGGGCCAGGGGCGAGGGCAGAGGCGAGGCCAGAAGCAAGCCCGAACAAGAAUACUGUGACGUCAAUUGUCAGCCCUGCACCGCAGGCUGCGCCAUUUGGCGCCUGGAGCUUCAACAAUCAGUCGGCGUCUCGCAUGGGUUCCCAGCUGACAGUAUCGCAUCCUGCGCGCGAUUUAGAACGCCCGACAUCGAUCUCGCCGCUGUACCUUGAGUCGCCGCCAUGCUCGCGAACUCAUUCUCUGCACGGCCUGACCAAGGUGGAGGAGGACCAACUCCUUGCUCAAGGGGAUACCCAGAUAAAUGCUCUUGAAAAUGCCCUAGUAAACACUCCAGCAAUUGCUCUGGCGAAUGUCCAAACAAAUAUUCUCGCCCAGCCACAGCCGCUUGCCACUGCCCAAGCCUCGGCAAUUGCUCUGGCAAAUGCAAGCCCCUUCUCCGGCUUUACUUUCAACGAAGCCAUCUUUAACUCCAAAAAGCGCAAGGCAGACAGUCCGUCGCCCACAGAUACCGCUCACGGCAGCAUCCCCAGGGGUACGUCUCCUCUUGGUGGUCCUGACGACGCCAGCCUCUCUCUUACCAUCCCCCCUAUGAACCCACUAGCUCCACUGGUCAACAUUUUCGCCAAUCACCUCAACUCCAGCAGCUCGCAGUUCCAGUACAUGUCGCACGCGAAACGUGUGCGGCUCGCGAGCAUUUCUGGGCAGUCUAUGGGCCGUCGCAAGUCCUCUGUUCUCUCCACAGGACUCUUCCCGGACCGCAUCUUAUUGAAAGUUCUUGGUUACAUGGCUUUACCUGACCUAAUGAAGAUGCGCAAGAUCUGUCGCCGCUGGCGCCAGCUCCUCCAUGUCGCACCCAAUCUUUUUGAGGUCUUGGAUUUGACUCCGUGGAACACCAGCUUGGACGAUAAGGCGCUCAUUGCGAUUACAGACUUUGUGGGCACCCGCCCCAAGGCCAUCGACAUCUCCAAUUGCUUCCACAUCACGGACGAGGGCUUCAGCUACAUGGUGAACGAGAUAGGGAUCGGGGGGACGUUGCGCACAAUCAAGAUGCGGUCGACCUGGGAGAUCAGUGCCAUGGCGAUCAUGGAUCUUGCGGUGCCGUCUAUCGGACGCUACCUCGUGGCGAUUGACUUAUCGAACUGCCGUAAGGUGCGCGACGACGUUAUUGAGCGUUUACUCGGUUGGAACGGACCGCAGAACCAGCAGCGCAUGCUGCAAAACCUUCGUGAAGACCACGGCCUCAUGGGCGCGCCACUCCCGGAGAUGGCGCUGUUCGACAGCCUUGACGAAACGCGGGGCCUCAUAGGGUGCCGGAGCUUGAAGGAAUUGAAUCUUGGCUACUGCAAGCACUUGACCGACCGGACGAUCUACCACAUGGCGAUGUACGCUAACAACCAGAUUGAGUCACUCGACCUCACGCGGUGCACAACCAUCACCGAUGCGGGAUUCGCCUAUUGGGCGUACCAGCCAUUCCCUAACUUGAGGCUGUUAAAUUUGGCGGACUGUACGUUUUUGAGCGACAAGUCGAUUAUUUCUAUUGCUUCCUCUGCGAAGAACUUGCAAACGCUCGAUCUUUCGUUCUGCUGCUCGCUCAGUGACGUGGCGAUUGAGGUGCUUUGUCUUGGAUGCCCGCAGUUGUGCGAGCUUCUGCUUUCGUUUUGCGGCUCUGCUGUGAGUGACCCGUCGCUUGUGGCGAUCUCGCUCCAUUUGCGCCACCUUGCACGCCUCUGUGUCAAGGGCUGCGUCCGUGUCACACGCGCCGGUGUCGAUGCGUUGUUAAGCGGCGUCUGCCCGUUGGAGUACCUAGACAUUUCGCAGUGCCGUAACGCCCAUAUCUAUCCCGGUGGGAUUUUAGCGGAAACAUUGCCGCUUAAGCCGGGCACCCGGUCCGUGUUUGUUUCUGCCGGCCCGGCCCGCAAGGUCACCGAGAUUGUCAUUUGAUUGUCGGUUAUCUGGGGUUGCUGUUUUUUUGUCCUGUAAUUUAAUAUUGUAGUUCAAUGAAUGUAGUAGGCAUCCUUGACUUGUGCUUAUAUAUAUGGUUCGAUUGUACAAUUGAUCCAGAUUGAUAACAUUGGUAUGGCAUCUACCCGUAGAUGAAGCACGAUGACAUCGGUUAUACCGCAAGCUUUGUUAUAAUUUC